AAUUAGUUCGGCCAAUCAUCAACAAAAUAAAAAUGCGCAUCUUCUUCCUCGUUACACUGCUCGCCAUGGUGGCGCUGGCUGCUGUCCAAGGACGUCGUCCUCCGGGACCUCCGCAAGGAGGUCAGGGCCCUCCUCAGGGAUCGGGAGGUCAAGGACCACCGCAGGGACCUCCCCAGGGACCUCCACAUGGACCUCCCCAGGGACCUCCCCAAGGACCACCCCAGGGACCUCCUCAGGGCGGCAACUCAUCCUCCUCCCAGGAGUCAUCCCAGGAAAGCUCCAGCGAGUCCUCUAGCGAGUCGUCUGCCUAAGAAGCUCACAGCUCCUUAAAAUAAAAACUUAAAACUCUUUUAA